AUGGCAUCGAUUUUUGUUGUGCCAAAGUUAAAUAAAUAUUCUUCUUUAUGUUCAAAAAAUAUAGUAUUUUCAAAAAAACUUAAAAAUGGUUUAAAUAAUAAUUUAUUUUUAAAUAAAUAUUAUUCACAAAAUCGGAAUGAUUUUUUCGACGUUGUCGUUGUGGGUGGUGGUAUUGUUGGGGUUAGUACAGCAAGAGAACUUAAACAACGUCAUAAAAACUUACGAAUGGCUAUUGUUGAAAAAGAAUCAAAACUUGCUUAUCAUCAAAGUGGUCACAAUUCAGGAGUUAUACAUGCUGGCAUAUAUUACAAACCUGGUUCAUUAAAAGCCAAACUUUGUGUGGAAGGUUUAAAUUUGACAUAUAGUUAUUGUGAUUCGCAUAAUAUUCCAUAUAAAAAAUGUGGGAAAUUAAUUGUUGCUACAAACCAUGUAGAAUUGCAGAGGCUAGACGAUUUAUAUGACAGAGGAAUAAAAAACAAUGUACGGGAUAUAAAACUUAUUAAUGAAAAUGAAAUUAAAGAAAUUGAACCACAUUGUAAGGGGUUAAAAGCAAUUCAUUCACCUCAUACAGGUAUAGUUGAUUGGGGUCUUGUUACUGAAUAUUAUGGAAAAGAUUUUAAAGAUGAAGGAGGAGAAAUUUUUUUAAAUUUUAAUGUUACCGGAUUUCAAUUAUCUACAGUUAACCAUCCUAAAAGUGCUGAUUAUCCAGUCGUUGUUCAAAGUAAAAAUAAAGAAAUUUAUACCAAAUAUGUUUUAACAUGUGGUGGAUUACAAUCAGAUAAAUUAUCAGAAUUAUCAAAUUGUAAUAAAGAACCGAGAAUAAUUCCUUUCAGAGGAGAAUAUUUAAUUUUAAAACCUCAUAAAUGUCAUUUAGUCAAUGGAAAUAUUUAUCCUGUUCCAGAUCCCAGGUUUCCCUUUUUGGGAGUUCAUUUCACUCCCAGAAUGGAUGGUAACGUUUGGUUGGGUCCAAACGCUGUUUUAGCAUUUAAACGUGAAGGUUAUUCUUGGUCAGAUUGGAAUUUUUCAGAGUUGAUGGAAACAUUUUCUCAUUCUGGAUUUCGAAAACUUGCACUAAAAUAUUUCAGUUAUGGAAUGGGUGAAACGUUUAAAUCCUUUUUCACUUCCUUACAAGUGAAAGAACUUCAAAAAUUUGUACCCGAUUUAAGGGUUGAAGAUGUGACUAAAGGGCCAGCGGGCGUUAGAGCACAAGCAUUGGAUUCCUUCGGGAACUUAGUUGACGAUUUUGUUUUUGAAAAAGGAGCAGCAACAGUGGGACAAAGAAUUUUACAUUGUCGAAAUGCACCAUCCCCUGGUGCAACAUCUAGUUUAGCUAUUGGAAAGCAUAUUGCUGAUAAAUUUUAUAAUGAAUUUUUAAUAUCAGCAUAA